AUGUCCUUCGAAAAGAGGAUUCGAAGCCGAAUGGCUCAAUCCGUCAUCUCAACUGACACAACCGCUGACGAUUCUUUUGAGGAAUGGUAUUCAGCACCAUCUCUUUCGCGGAGGGAAUACUCAGAAGAGAACUUCGCAAGUUCAAAGUUUGCUGAAGCAAUGAACAACCCAGACUGGCGUCGUCGACGCGAUGGAUUCAGUGUUUCUGACGUUACUGACACAACCAACAGCACAAAUCAAGCCAGCCCACAUAGUCGCGAGGUUCCCAACAGCAGUACAGAAGGAGCGUAUAUCUCCCCUAUGAGGAAUGGAAACAUAUCUCCAUGGACUUUCAUUGGCAAUUCCAAUCAAUUCCAACCUUGUCUUUGCGGUUCUGAGACUGAUAUCAAGGACUCAAACGUGUCUUCUACCAACCAAGAACAUGGAUGUCUAGACCAUGAUAAUGUGCAGCCAGCUGAUACCAUGAGUGGACUUUGUACUAUCCGGCUUAACGUCGACCUAGCCGGUGGCCACUACAAGGAUCGCCAACUCCGCGUUCUUCAGGUCUCACCCCUUCCUUCUUAUGCUGCCAGCACACAGAAGCAUAGAACGGCAGUCCAGAACAUUGAUCGAGAGGCUCCUAUUGCCUACGUGCAACGUGUAGUCAAAAAUCAGCGAAGAACUACGCAAGGAACUGAUAACCCACAAGUGGAAAGACGCCGAACUCCUCACCAUAUUUUCCCCAUAGAGGCCGGAAAUGAGAGUGAACUCGACAAAGAAAGGACCGACAGGGCCAGGCAAGCUGUGCUGAAGGACCCAGCUGUUGCCAACAUCGCACAUGCAAAAUCCCAACCAAAGGUACUCAGUGGCCUGUCAUCGCCAACUGAGCAAACCAGAAAGAGCGAAGAACUCGAACGCAGAAAAGCGGCUUUCAUGAAAAUUCUGCAGAAGCUCCAGCAAGGGUCAAAACAUGAGACUGAAAACACAAAGAGAGAUACAAACAGACCUUUUAUCGGCCAUGGUUGUCCUUGGAGCCCAAAAUCAAGCCAGCAGCCGAGCCAAUCUACACAACAAAGCUCUGAUUCCGGUAUUGGCUCUCUUUAUAGCGACCCCCCGAGAAAUAAGGACUCAUCUAAUGACUCCGGAAUCCGUAUUGAUUCCGAUGUCCUCACACAUGGGUUGAACCCUAGGGCAAGGGAAUUCCUCUCAUUCAAAAGAAGUUUCCCAGCAGCACCGCAAAGUCAGGGAAUUAUCAACUUUCCAGAAGACGAGGUUUCUAAGAGUAUGGAGCUAAGUCAAAGUGAGACUCGAAAAGAAGACACUGUUAGAAACACCGUCAAGACCGCACCACAUAACAUGGACGACAUUUCUGUUCCCGUACUACAGUCAGACAUUGGUGCCAACAGUACAGAGAGUACCUCCGUUCCAGGGGGAACUACAGCCGAUACAACCAAACAAGAUCCAGGAGAGUUCAACUACUCAUCAAAGAUAUCGCCGCCUGCCAAGUUUGGAUUCCCAGGGGGUGCUUGUGGCCCUCCAGUGCGAAAUAUCCUCACCCCUGGAGUGCUACCUGGUCUUGGGCUUGGAAUCCUACCGACGCCUGCCACGUUCGGCAAUACGCCGAGCCUAGCAAUGUUUGGUCCUCUUCUACAACAGUAUCCUGUUGCAUCAGGUCACUUUAUGGGCACUUCUGCAGCGCCUCAGAUUCUCUUUAACUCAACGCUGGGAAGUAGUAGUUUUCAAGCUCGCCCACACCCUGUUCCCAAACCGACAAACCCUGACCCAAUUCAGCAGCAACAAUAUGAAGAAUACAUUGAAUGGCGUAAAGCACAUGAGCCUGGAUACGCACUUGCAUGCAAAGGUCGGCAACAACGCCGUGCCCAACGUGGUUCAGCAACGCAACACGUAUCAAUGCAUCACGCUUCGUGCGAAGGUGCUCAAAUGGUUCAGUAA